AACCAGCAUGAAGAUGUCAAGAAGCAGCUGCUUGACCUGCAGCUGCAGCACAACAGCUUGAAACUGGAACAUCGUAAGACACUGGAGUCCCAUAGCCAGAAAUAUGCCCAGCUGCAGCAGGAGAAGGACAGUGAAGUCACAAACUUGCAGGAUACAGUCUUUAAACUCAGAGAAGAGAGCAAGCUGCUUCGGAAGGCCCACCAGGAAGUUCACUCUCAGCUCCUUAAUGCCCAGGCCCAGAUGGAAGAGUUCAGGCAGCUCAAGGAAGCUCUACAGAAGAUGCCAAGCUUCAAAGGAGGAGGAGCUGGGAAGGGGCAGCAGCAGUUCCAGGUGCUGAAGGAGCAGCCGGUGGUGCCAGCCAACAGCCAGCUGCAGCUCGGGAGGCAGAAGGCUUAUCCCAUCCACCAGGAGAAUCGCCCUGUCGGGAACCCGCCGGCAUCGCAAGUCUCUGGGGUUCAGAAGCAGGCGGAUGGCCCAGCGCCGCAGGGCCACAACUCGUACGGUAACGACGGCCCGAAGCUGCAGGCUGACGUGCUCGCCACCCACCCAGCCCCGCGGCCAGAUGCCAAUUCGCUGCCCGAUGCCAUGCCAGCCUGGCCAGCCAGACGUGGGGAUGGCCACAUGAUCCGAUUCACCCGGACCAUGAACAGCCUACCACAUGGGAACCCGGAUGUAAAGAUGGUGAUGCGCAUCCAGGUGAAAAGCAACGAGGAAAGCCAGGCUCCUGGAUUGUCACCGUCUGAUCUGAAACAACCCUCUGCAGCAGGAAAACCUCAGAUGCCAGACCACCACCGCUCCACGGGGAGCAAACAGGUGCAGAUGCAAAGCUGGAAAGACAUCGUUAACAAAGUGAAUGCCCAGAUGGAUGAAGGACAAGCGCACAGCUACCCAAAGAGCCUUCAUUCGGAUCCCAAGCCUGGGCAAGAGGCGCAGAAAGGCAGCCCACAGCCACCCAGUCAGAAGAGAGGGGAAGAGCAUCACGGAGCUGAUCAGGAAGGCGAGAAGGAAAGGACAGAUGAUGAGGAACUCGAAAUGGAUGCAGGAGUGAUUGAGAGGGAGGAGAACUCACAUUCUCAGAAAGAGGCUGUUGUCCAGGAACCCAUGAUGCCAGAUGAUGCUGCAGAUCCUGCCCAGGAUCCCAAUAACCAAGGUGAGGACGAGUUUGAGGAAGCUGAGCUGGAGAGACCUGACUUUGAAGAGAAGGAUGCUGGCAGACCUGCCAAGCCCAGGGAAGACCCAGUGGAUGACUAUCAGGAAGAUCAGGAGCAAGAAAUUGAGGAUCAUGGAGGUGAGGUGGAUGACAAUGAUGACCUGGAACUUGUCCAAGACCAGAAAGACCACGCAGGCAUACAGGGAGCUGAUGGCAAGAAGGAUGACUACUACUGA